AUGGAGCAUGAGCUCAGAGCAGUUGUUCUGGGAUGUCGGACAGCUGAAAAAGCAUCAGUGAUUAACAAUAUUUUAGGUGAUGAAGUUGAGUCAGACAGAUUUUUCGUGAAGUCUGUGAGGAGAGAAGGUGACGUGAAUGGAAGGAAGAUCACUCUGAUUAACACACCCUGCUGGUGGAAGGAGUACAGUACGAAGGAUACACGAGAAGUGGUCAAACAGGAACUGGUGUGCAGUGUCUUCCUGUGUCCACCAGGACCUCAUGUUUUUCUGCUGGUCGUUGAUCUCAGUUUGCCUUUUACUCAAGAACACAGAAUCAGUAUUGAGGAACAUCUUGGUCUCUUUGGAGAGAGAAUCUGGUCACACGUCAUAGUGAUCUUUACACGAACAGUUUCACUGAAAGAUGAAUCCAUUGAGCAGCACAUACAGAAUCAAGGAGAAGAUCUGCAGCAGAUCAUCCAGAGAUGUGGACACAGAUACCACAUCUUUGAUAUUGACAAUAAAGGUAAUGGAGUUGAAGAACUGCUCGUGAAGAUUGAUGGUGUUGUGACUGUAAACAAUGGCAAACACUUUGAAACUGAUGAUGAAAAACUACUUGAGGUGAAGAAAAAGAGAGAAGAAAUUCAAGAGAGAGCAAAAGACAGACAAACAAUGGUGCAGGAAAAAACAGAACAGCUGACAGAAAAAGGUGACGUGUUUCCACUCCGAUAA